AUGUUCGCUUACCAGGUUGCACUCGAGGAGGACUGCGUGGACUUUCAGGGCAACAAGGUGAACCACGGCAUGCUGUAUGUGCCCGGGCCAGGCGUUUGCAGUCUAUGCGUGUGCUAUCAUUCCGAGCCGCUGUGGUGCAAGGCCAUCUACUGUGAUCCGCCCUACUUCUGUAAAAACUUCAGAGUGGGCGAACGCUGUUGCGAAUUCGAAUGUCUGGAUCCGCCGGGCGAGGACAAGCUUUAUCAGGAACGUAUGCGUAAACGUGCCGAAAUUCUGGCCGGUAAUAGUACCGCAUGUCAGCUACAGGUCGCCCCGUUGGCCGUAUCGACCAUAAUGCUCGGCUAUCUGGGCAACAGCUUUCUCAGCUUAUAACUUGAGCAGAAAUCGUCUGAGUAUUUAGCUAUAAGUCAGCCAGUCGAAAAGAUCUUAAGAUAUAUAGCGGGCAGGUACAAUUUUGUUAACUAUAAAACGAUCCUAACCAAAUCCUAAAAGCUAAAUGAACAGAAAACCCAAAAAUGAAUUAAUUAUUACAAUGUAAUAAAUGAAGAUAUAUAUAUAUAUAUACAUAUAUAUAGAGAGUAAAUCGAGAUAUAUAUAUAAAUGAAGAAUAUAAUCUGGAGUAAUACAGAAUAAAACCGUAGGUUCUCAACUUAUAUGUAUGCCCCUAGUCUUAUGUAGGUACAAUAAUACAAAUAAUAACAGCAUAUAACACAGGAUAUAUAUAGUAUAUAUAUAUAUACAGCAUAUGACUUGUAAAUACGCUGCCUGGAGCUCUAUACACCAGAAAUCGGAUCAAAAACUUGUUGAUUAGUGUUUAGCUAAAUGAAUCAAAGAUGAUAAUUAGAUCUUAAAUGAAGAUAUAUUAUAUAUAUACAUAGAUAUAUAUAUACAUAUAAAUGUGCCCCUUUUUAAUAUUAAAUGA